GCAUGUUAAAUGAGUGUUAGAUGGCUUUUACAUUUAAGUAUAGCAGAAAAUUAAUUUUGCCAGAAAUUUCAACAGUUUUCCCCUAAUCACCAAGGUUUUCCAUAUCCAAAGCAGCAAAAGAAAUGCAAUACACAAACCCAUUUUUCAGUUCCAAGUUUUUGCAUCAAGCUUGUAACAUAUUAUGGGGACUGGUGAAAUUGAUCAAUAUAGAACACAACAAAUAGGUUUAUUGAUUUUCAGAAAAAUUAAUUUUAUGCCUACAAAGGUCUAUGGUGCAUUGUCUGCCAUCAUUGUUAUAUAUAUAUAUAUAUAUAUAUAUAAUAAGUUGGUUGUAAAGAUGUGCAGAACAACGUUUAUACUUUGAGCAGAACACGGUGUGAAAUUGCAAGUGAACAAUGAAAACUUUGAAAUUAGACUUAACAUUCCAUCUCAGACUAACCAACAAAGUAACACAUGUCAUCCGUAUUAAAUUGUGAUCCUGGAAGUGGUUGGAAGCAAAGCUGUAAUGAUUCCUUUUUGUGAGGACAAAUUGUUGAUACAUCUCCAUUGCACUGUAUUGGUCAAGUUGUCUGGUUUUAAAAUAAGUGUAUUUUAUAAUUUGUUUAUCUGUUUUGAAUAUGUAAAAUGUGUAAUGGAAAAUUUGAUAAAUAAUUUCUGUAUUCAGAUGUUAUUUAUUUCUUUUUUAUAAGGAUUAUGAUAUAUACAAAAAUCAAAGACAACACAUUAAAAUGGGAACAUUUAAACUGGAAUGAUAUAAAACCAUUUUCUUUCAAGGGGUAAAACAUCUGCAAACUUGCAGCAACAGCGGCAUUUCUGUGACUCAUUGAAAGGUGAAAAAUUAUACAAAAUACAUGAAUUAUGAUUACAGAAGCAAGGGCCAAGUGUAGCAUAUUAUAAAUUACUUGAUCUGUUAUAUGCCGUCAUAUAUUUAGAAGAGCUAAACACAACUUAUUUUUAAGAAAUGUGACACAGUGAUGAAAUGCUCUAGCUUUGCUUAGUAAAUUCAUUAACGACAUAACAUAUAACAAAACAAAGGUUUGAUCAACAUGUCGAGUAGGCAUGGCCAUUGUUUCAUUGAAUUAGAAUGUAACUAGAUCCUUACUACUAAAGCUACAAUUUAACUAAGGUAGAAUAGAUUCAAUUUCUGAAAAUCAUUAUUGUACAUUAUAGCACAGAUCAAGAAGAACUGUAAAAAGCAAAUUGCAUGAUUUAAUGCAAUUUCAGGUCAUGUAUGAAUGCAUUCCAAUUGUUGCUGCUCAUUAUCCAUGGACUUCUUUAGAAGCUUGAGUUAUUUACAUUACCAAAAAAGUAAGCAUACCUGCAUUAGGUCACAGUGAAUUUAUUUGCAUUUUCAUACUACACAGAUUAGCCAUCUAAUUUGCAGAUUUUUAUAAUAUUCUCAGAGGAAAACCAUCUGAGUUAAUUUUAUGGUCAAAAUAGGGUAUUUUCAAGUCAUGCCAUCUACACCAAUGUGACCUUGAAAACAAACAAGAGUGAAGAAGGAUAUUAUCGGAGGAACUCCUCUGAAAAUUUCUCUCAUUUAACAUUCACUUACGGUUUUGAAUCUGUCCUGGAACAUUUGGUGUAUAUUUUUUUACAGUUCUAAUGUUCUGUACUGAAUGUAACAGUUCAAGAACCGUUUUGGGGAAGUCCUUCAGAAUAUCUUAGAAAAGAUUAAGAACAUUUUUCAAUAAAAGAGAAAAAUAUAUGUUCUAGAACAGAUUGAAAACCAUAAGUGAGUAUUGAGAAUUUUCGCAGAGCAAUGAACUUUCACUUUCAUAAAACAUUAUUGUAAAGAGAAACUUUCUAUUAGGGAUAAAAUUAGAUACAAUUAAUUUUAUGGGAUGUUCAGAUACAAGAACCUUUUUUCAGUGGAAAAGUACUAUCUGACUUUAUACAAGUGAGUGUGAAAGAUUUUUUUUUUAUUUUCAUAUUUUUGUUUUCAUUUUCUCUUUAUUUUCCUUCAGCAUAUCAGACUGCUUAUUUGAGUCAUGCCAUUGUGAAAUUUUCAAAUUGAUGAGACAUUAAUUUUUUUUUCCAUUUUUUUUUUCUGGGGUACCAGUUUCUUCCUUUGUUCAAUAUCUGAAAAGAGGAAGGGGAUUGGAAGUUGGGAGGAGUUCUCUCACCUGUUUGAACUUUAUGGUAGUGACUCGAUCUUUGCAAUGGGGGAAAAUUGUGAAUUUUACGGAUACUGUAUUUUUUUUUUAAGUCAUAAUUUCUUACAAUAAGUGGUUGCACCAAAGUUGAAAACCAGACCACCUUAUAGUUCUGUUUAUAGUUCUGCAUUAAAAGCACCGCCAAUGUUAUACGAAAGACUUCUCAUCCAACAUUAUUAUUGUCCAAACCUUUUUUACUCCGAAGCACGAAUUUUUUGCUCCACGUUUUUCCGUGUUUUAAAAAUGAAUCUGAGAGCCCACUGUGACCCACUCCUAGAAAAAAAAGCAUGAAAUAAAUACAUUGCUAACGCUUCUUAAUGCCAUGUGCACAAAUGUAAAUAAAUGAAAAUAAAAUGUAGAAGCAGAUGAGUAAAUUCUUUUCUAUUAAUUCUCAACUGAUGAAGAAAUUUUGGUAUUAAGUAGACUGCGGGAUGUCUUGCUUGUAGCGCUACCUACAAAUUUUGACCAAUGCAGAAGACUUCCGGGUUAGCAGCUGACUCGUACUACUCGAACUGCAGUGUAAGACUUGCGGUUGAGUGGGAAAUUUUGAUUACUGUGUAAAAGUAAGAUGAAGCACUUCAACACAGCACUACCCAAGUGGAAGUGAUCGUCAAUCAUUUUAGGUUAAAACCAGUGAGAUAUGAUGUUGUAAAGUUUUGGCAUGUAACUUGAAAGUUGGAGUUUCCAGCAAAGUGGUCAAAAUGAUGGCAAAUAACCAAGGGGAUGGUACCCCAGAUUUUGAUAGUCCUGGCCGCAUGUUGAGCCAAGCUGCCAUAUAUGAUAACUCAGACCUUAUGAACUGCCUGCUUCAAGGUGAAGAAGCCCAGCAUAUUAACAUCCAGGACAACUUUGGUAGAACUGCUCUUCAUACAGCUGUAACCAAUAACAGUUUCAAUUGUUUCAAAAUUCUGAUAGAAAGAGGAGCUGAUCCAAACAUAGCAUGCAGUGAAAAAUUUGGCUGUAUGACUCCUCUCCACCAAGCCGCCCUUGAUGGAAAAACAGAUUUCCUGAGGAUCCUGCUAGAACAUGGAGCGGACAUUGAGAAGGAAGAUGCCAGUGGUGACACGCCUCUUUCUUUGGCUCAUGUCAAUAACAAUACAGAAUGUAUCCAGCUGCUGAAUCUGGAAGCAGAAAGAAGAAGAGAGAGAAAACAGGAGGAAUUUCAGACUUUGCUGAAGUAUUGCCAAGAUGGAGAUGUGAAUAAAACAAAUGAGAUUUUGAAUAAGCUGGGUGAAAAUCUUAAAUCAUUUCAAAGGUUCAGCACACCUGAUUCUCAUACUCUGUUAUACAGUGCAUGCAUGAGUGGCAAUCCUCAGAUGGUAGAACUAAUGCUAUCCCAUGGUGCUGAAGCUGAACUUGACCCCGUUGCAAGAGCCACUCCUCUCCAUGCUGCAUGUCAAAUUGGGAGCAGGGAUAUUGCUAAACUUUUGUUAGAGCACUUCCCCAGUCUAGUAGGUGUACCUUCAAGUGAUGGUUCAUUGCCCAUUCACAAGGCUUCAGAAGUAGGCAGUGCCACUUUGGUGUCACUCCUUUUACAUUUUAAUUAUCCUGAGGACUGUUUGGUAGAAAUGGAAGCUGGUGACAAGGUCUACAAAGCAGCCUUUAAUAUCAAUGCCAAUGAUCUGCAGCAGCAAACUCCUCUUUACGUGGCCACAAAUAACAAGCAUUUUAAAACUGUGCAGAAGCUGCUGAAGUAUAGAGUUAAGUACUACACUAGGACAAGAAGUGACAGCAGUGGAAUCUUCGGAAGUGAUGGCACUAUGAGAGAAGAAGAUUUGACUGGAUCACAAGAAGGUGCAGGCGAUGAUGAGACAGUGGAAGAAGAAUUCUGUCCAGUGAUACUUGAUAUCUUCAAUAAAAAUGGUGAAUGUGCAUUGCAUUGUGCAGUCAGGAAUGGUUCAUAUGAUAUCAUCAGCUUAUUGCUAGCAGCAGGUGCAGAUAUCAAUAUUCAAACCAAAAAUGAUGAAAAACUCACAGCUUUAAUUCUUGCUUCUGAGAAUGUUAAUAUUCGUGUGCUGGACCUUCUUCUUAAACAUGGUGCCCAAGACUUUGACAACAAAGCUCUCUUUUCCAACAUCAUUUCAAAUCAAGACAAAAUGGUGUCUGCAUUGCUGAAACAUCGAAGUCAUCCAGACACAGAAUACCAUGUUAACAAACUGGCAGCAAUGCAGUUUGUUUGCAAAGAAGACAGUGAUUUGUUGUAUUAUCGCAGCAUGGACUCUCAGUCCAGUGUCAGCAUUCCCAAUGUGUCUGUGGCAAUAGAUUGGCAUGAUUUGGAGAUCAUUAGAGAAAUCAAAGAAACCUGGUUGCUCAGCACAUCAUAUUUCCACAAUCCACGCCUGACCUUCACCCAGAAACAAGUGGCAUUAUUUGCUAUCAGCAGAAUUGAUGUUUCUAAGAACGAUCUUGACUCCCUGCCACCUGUGAUAUUCCAACUCCAGUCUCUGAGAAUCCUCAAUGUCUCACACAACAGAUUGAGUAAACUUGUGUCCACCAUAGUCUCCAAGCCACUUCAAGAACCUUGGCAGUGUCCUCAUCUGUGUGAAAUCCAUUUGCAUAACAAUAAUUUAGUUGAGUUACCUGUACAACUAUUUUCAUUGCCAGAAUUAACCAAAUUGGAUGUGGCUUACAACAACCUAGAAAACCUUCCAGUGGAGAUAUGGAGUGCCCCCAAGCUAAGUGAACUGAAUCUGGCCCACAACAAAUUGAAAAGUUUACCCAGGAAGGUGCCUGAGGACAUGAGUAGUUCCACAUAUGUAGAAAGUUUUGCAGUAGAUGCUGGACACCAGAUGGAUGUUGAUAUUUCAGAAACCACUGCUCCUGAAGAGGAAAAUGGAGAGAAGAAGUGGUACAAAGAGAUUCAUGUCAACCAUUCCAACCUCUGGUCUACAACUGUGCACUUUGAUGAUAUUGAGGACAUCACUGACUCCAGGUCCAGAAAGAAUUCUCAAUUAAGGGAUUUGAACCUUUCAGGUAACCUUUUUGCAAAGUGCCCUGAAGUUUUACCUUGUCUAGCACCAGCUCUUCAAAAGUUGAAUUUAUCUCGGAACCAAAUCAGAGAAAUGGCCCCACCAGGACAGUUUCCUGCAACUUUACGAUGGCUGGAUAUGUCUAACAAUCAUAUAGCAAAGAUUCAGGAGAAAGAAGAAACCACCCCAAUGUCAGACAUGUCUGAAUGUUACAGCAGACCAGGACAGUCUUUGGGAAUAUCAAAGAACCGGGCCCGUGCAGCUUCUACAGUGAGCACUAUAAGCAAUUCCAACUACUGUAUUCACCAGAGACAUGACAAGCUGGACUCUCUUAAGACACUUAUUCUUGCUGGAAACUUCAUAUCUAAGGUUACUUUGGUGGCUGAAAAAGAGGAAAAUCAAGAAGCUGACAGUGAAGGACAGCCAACCUCUCAGGAAGCCCCUAAAGUGCGGUAUAUUCCCAAAUUUCCCAACCUAAGUCAACUUGACCUGAGUUCCAACAAAAUCAUAGAUGUGCCCAAGUCCUUGUCCUCUAUGAUGCAGCUGACAGCUCUCAACCUGAGGCACAACAGUAUCAGAGAGUUACCACCACAACUUGGACGUCUCAAGAAACUUUGGAACUUAGAUUUAAAGGAAAAUGUACUAGUUGGUCCCCUGCAAGUUAUGGUGGAACAAAAAAUCAGAACUGCAGACAUCAUCGGGUUCCUUGGCUCCAUCUUGGAUGAUGCCAAACCAUAUGCACGCAUGAAACUAAUGUUUGUUGGCACUGAGAAGAUUGGAAAGACAACUUUGCUCAAUUGCUUGAGAAAUGAGGUUAGGCCAGUGUUUGCUGCAAAAGAGCCACCACCAAAGCACUGGAGCACAAGGGUGAGUAGGACAGGAGUGACAUCUAUGUACAAAGAUGCCAAGGGGGAAUUCGUGGCAACUGUGGGAGUUGAUAUAGGGGACCUCACCAUUGACAGAAAUGGAAAGAAAGUGUCAUUCAAAACAUGGGAUUUUGGUGGACAGAAAGAAUACUAUGCCACCCACCAGUACUUUCUCACCAGACGCUCUCUGUACUUGGUCUUGUGGAAAAUUACAGAUGGAGAGAAAGGUGUCAGUGAAAUUAAGAGAUGGCUUAUCAACAUACAGGCCCGUGCUCCAGGAGCACCUGUGAUCAUAAUUGGGACUCACCUGGAUGAGCUGAAGAGCAGAAGAUUUCCUCAUAAUUUCCUGCCAGACUUGACCAGGCUCAUUGACAACCAGUUUGUGAACAUAUGUGAGCCUGAAAAGUCUGGAUUGCCCCAAGUGAAAGCGAGGAUAGAAGUCAGCUGUAAGAAAAGAGAUUCUAUCAAGAAAUUGGUUGAUUUGAUACAUGAGAAAGUGUUUGAAUUGGCUGAUGCAGGUAGUAGAUCUAACAAACUUCUGGAGCAGAAGAUCCCUGCCAAAUAUUUGGAGCUUGAGGAUGUGGUGAGAGCUCUUGCAGAGGAGAGGGAGAGACAAGAUAAAGACCCAGUGCUGCAUGCAGAUCAGUACAAAACACUUGUAAUGCUGAAAAUGGAAGAGAUGUUCAAGCAUUCCUUCCGUGAUCUUCAGGAGCUGAAUCAAGCCACUCAUUUCCUACAUGACAAUGGUGUAUUGCUUCACUACAAUGAUGUUUCUCUUCGGGAUAUGUACUUUCUUGAUCCCCAGUGGCUGUGUGAUAUGUUGGCCCAUGUGGUCACUGUCAGGGAGAUAAACAGUCUGGCUAAGUUUGGUGUUAUGCAAACAGAUGAUCUUCAGAUUUUGUUCAGAAACUCUGCAUUCAGACCUGAAGACAUUAAGGAAUACAUCAUUGGUCUGCUAAACAAAUUUGAGGUGGCUCUGCUUUGGGAUGAUAAACAUCUUCUGAUCCCUUCUUUACUACCAACAGAAGAAGAAUUGAAAAAUGACAUAUGUGAUGUUAAGAUACCUAUGAGGCUUCCAAUAACAGAGAACAGAAAGUCAACUCUCAUACCUACCAAGAAGCCUACAGACAGACGCUCAUCCUUAGUUCCCCCAGUGCUGCCCCGUGAGAUCUAUGCAGGGAAAUCUACCUUCUAUGCACCCUCUGGUGAUGAAAACAGGGCAGAAAUGAAUCCAAAGUUUGAGCAGAAGACUGAUCAACAGGAGACUGAGCCAGUAAUGGAAAGGAAAAGCUCCACAGGGAUGCUUACACCAUCCAGCAUUCUCACUUACACUUCCAGCCCUACAAGUUCACUGCGGAGGCUGUAUCUUAUGACCUACUUUCCCAGUGGAUUUUGGCCACGCCUUAUCACCAGGUUGCUAGGAGACAGAUCUUUGUACAACAUUGUAUGUGACAUGUACAAGAUUCCAGAUGUGUUGAGGUCUGAUCCAGCAGUAAAUAAUUUGAAGGGGCAUGCUGAAUGGAGUUGUUGGCAAACAGGUCUGGAGCUCCACCUUGUCACCACUCUCCUGCGUGUUAAAGAAGUUGAUGCAGAAAAGCCAUUCACACUUUGUGACUACAGAAAGUGUUUUCUAAAAUGGGAGAGUGAAAACAACAUGUGGAAGGAUCUGAAUGUGACCAGCAUGUCCAUUCUUGAAAUUUUCCUUCCCAAUGAUGUCAUAGUUGUGAAAACUGAAAGUGACAGCUAUGAUCUGCCAUGCAACCCUAAGGCUGCUGCCAAAAUGCUGUCAAAGAUUGUUGAUCAUAUUGAUAUGCUGCUAGAAGACUGGUAUCCUGACCUAGGUGUGAGAUUUGUGCAUACAUCUGAGGGCACCUACCUUGUUACGAGGAUAGUCCCUUGCCCAUUAUGUGUGAUGGACCAGGCUCAGCAGCAGGCCUCCAGUACAGAGCAUGGACAGUUUUUAUGGUCAAUGGUUGGACUGACCCGGCCAAUGGGAACUAAACCACUAGAACCAGAGGCUGUGGUCACAGAUGAAGUGAAUGUGCCCCUUGGACAGCAGAAACAGAGUCAAGAGGGUGUUAUCUAUUGCUACAUGGCUGAGCACCUUACACAGCUGAUUCAGCACAGCAAACCAAUCAAGUGUCCAUCUCAUGAUGUGCUGGUCAGUAUGGAUGCAGCUGUCCAAGACAAAGUGGCCCAUAUUGCUCCUGACUUGGUGAGUGACAUGCUGUAUGUAUCUGUAGUAACAGUUUGGGUCUUAAGAAAUGGUAAUGUAAUAUGUAUAUGCCUGUCAUCAGGCUCAGUGGAUCUUGAUAUCCAUAUGAAAAUCAGUCCUUCAGGAAUGGAAGCAGUCAAAUCAUCAGCCAUCUCCUCCAGUAGUCAGAAGACACCAAGUCCAGAGGACACUCAGCCAGACAGGGAAGCCUUACCCUCAGUGACAGGUGAUGGGAGUGACACAGACCAGAUCACUGGUAUAUCACCUCAUCUGGAUGAGGCAAGAAAGGUCAUUUCUGAGAAAGGGAACUUAAAAAAUUCUGAUGAACCAACUACCUCAGCUGAAGUACCUCUUUCAGAACUUACCACCCCCCUGUGUGAAGCUAGAGACGUACACCUCAUGAAAAUGAAUGAGGCUAUAAUGUCCUUGGUUACAAAAUUUGAAGAUAUUGGAAAAGCUAUGGAAUACAUGAAAGAUUAUCGUGCAAUGAUUUAUGAUACAAAGCGCCAGUGUUUUAUCCUUCGCUUGGUUUGUCCAUCAGUGCACUCAUUGGACCAGCUGUGGCAAAGUUAUCGCCGCGGUGAGCUACAGGCUGCUGUAGAGGAAAGUUUUGUCGGCAUGAAGACCCUUGAGGAUUUGGGCCUGAGCCGCAGCGACAUUAAUCUGUGGGUUGAAAUGGAUGAAGAUGAUUACAAUGAAUCAAUGAUUUACGAAGACUUGAAGAUGACAGUACGUAAAGGUCCAUAUGGCAGUGCAGAGCAGACUAUAUACAGCAUACGUCAAGCCCUGAUGGCAGCUUUCACUCUACGUAAAGAAGACAUUCUGAUCAAAUGGUGGGACUAUGGCAGCCCUGGGUAUUGGGCUGUCAUAUGUUAUGGCAUACAACCUCAUCAUGUGGGUCACAUUGAAGACAAUAUCCAGGAUUUACCCAAAGAUGACCUCCGUGAACUGGGGGUGAUGACCAUCAACAUCGGCUCACAAACUUUAAGAUUGACAGGUGAAGAUGUUCCUCAAGAACUUGGGGCUUGGAAUGUAGAGAAGGGAGACAUUGGGAGCGAGUAUUCAGCUUCAGAAUCUGGCUACCACACUGGGUCACGCCUCACAACAGAAUUAGACGCUGACAGCACCUGUAUUGGAGACUACGAAGCUGAUGAGGGUGUGAAUUUUUAUUUAGAGCAACCAAGACAAGACUCUCUUCCAAUAACAAGUCACCGGGAACAGAUAGUGAGCCAAAUCCAAGAUAAUGUGGUGACAUUCAUCACCGGAGAGACGGGGUCCGGGAAGUCAACACAGGUGCCCCAGUACAUCCUGGCUGACUGUGUGAAAAGAAGAAUGAAAAAAGUAAGAAUUCUUGUCGCAGAGCCAAGACAGCUGGCUGCUGUGACGCUAGCGGAACGUGUAUCCAAGGAACAGGGUGAUCCAAAUGUUGGCUGCACAGUAGGGUACAGUGCAGGGGACAAGAGAGAGAUCUCCAAGGAUACAAAAAUAACAUUUGUUACUACUGGAGCUCUACUAGAGCCACUCAUUCCAUGCUUUUUCUCUGUGAAACAUGCAGAGUCGGACAACUAG